CUUCCACUGGACCGGAUCAGAACCUCCUGGCCAUGGCGUCCUCCGGCCUCCUUUUGCUGCUGUUGGUGUCGUCUUCCUUCCUGGUCUGCAGCCUGAGCGCCCCUCAGCCCUCCGACCUGCAGGAAACCCACGCUCUGCAGAAGAGAGGCCAGAUCGCAAAGACAACCAAGACAGCAGCAGAAUACCUUCUGAUGAUUGCAACUUCAGCAAAACCCUUUAUUGGUCUGAUACCAGAGGCUGGGGGUUAUUUAACUGCUAUUAUUGAUUUUGCAAAUGAUGUUUCUGGAAACAGUCCAGAAAGCAAGCUUCUAAAUUUUCUUGAGAAGGAAUUUGCCAAUCUAAACUUAAAGAUUGAUGAAAACCAGAAGCAACUGAAAUGGCACAUUUGGGCAAGUAGUAAUUAUGGGAAACUGCAGGGAAAAAUAACUGAUGGAUAUAAUAAACUACAGGAGUUGUUGAAAGAUUGUAAAAAGCCGUGUCUUAAAACUCUGAAGGAUCAAGGCAAAGAACCAGUAAUACAACAGUACUUUGGUAAGGCUGAAAAGUAUGUAGAUAGCCUGCAUGGACUUGUAAUAAAAUCAGGUAGCCACCUUGCUGACUAUGAAAAGCUUUUAACAGAUCAUGUCAGAUGUAAUGAAAAAAGCAUCAAAGCCUUCGCUGCCAUUAAUGCAGCCCUCAUGCAUGAGGCCAUCACCAUGACCCAUUUCUAUUACCGCUUUAAAAAUAUCAAAGAUGCAAAUCUUGAAGACAGACUGGCUAAGAAAGCACGAGAAAUAUCUGAAGCUAUGUUCAAAAUUCAAGUAAACUGCAUGUCAGACCCAGAUCCUUAUGUUAAACUGAAUGUUGAGGAACGCAUUGAUGAUUCACAGGACCGCAAAGUUCUGGCAGAAAAUAUCAGGAAGUAUUUAGAUACGAUUUAUUAUCGCUAUGACUGGAUUGUCGUUGCCUUUCUGAAAGAUGAUGAAGAGCAUAAAAAUAGGUUCAAUAAAUGGAGAAAAAAACACUUUCUGACAGGAUUUAGUGAAACGAGCAAAGGAAAAACCAGCGUGGCUUUUGCCAAACAGGCUAAAGGGAACCAUAAGAAAACAACCGAGGUAACAGAUGUCCUCAAAAAAUGCUAUAAUAAAGUAGUGAGCUGUGAUAAAGUUACAAGAACAUUAGAGAGCUGUAAAGAGCAGGUGGGUAAUGCUAAAUUAAAGGACACGUACUCAGUCAUCCAUGCUUACUUUAAAAAACACAGCCAUAAACAUGAGAGUGUUCUUUCUCUAGAUGCAGCUGAAGCUCCUUCAGCAGACGAGUUUAAUCCUGACGUGGAUCAGCCAAUCCCUUACACUUAUACAGGGAAAUGCAGCUUCAAUAUAGUUGGAAAACUUGAUGGUCCUACCAGUGGAAAGUUCAGAGUUCUGAUUAAAAGUGAUGAAGAGCGGAUGAAGGUGGAUCCCUGUAAGAAUGUUGACUGUGGUGAAAAGGAAAAGAGAGGAAAGUGUGUGGAGGUGAAAAGCGCCCGCAUCGGACUGUGUGAAUGUCACGAAAAAUAUUAUGGGGAGAGAUGUGAGGAGAGUCUGGAGGACUACAAGAAAAGCUUGGCUAGUAUAGAAAUAUAAUUUGCAUUAUAGAACAAGAACUACAAGAAAACCAUAAAUGAACUCCUCUGAUAUCCCAAUAGUCCAUGUUUCACUUUAAAACAGGCAUCCUGAAGGAGUUUUAGAGGUUUCCCUGCUUUAUCACAGCCGGUUCUGAUUAUUGCUGUUCAGUUAAAAUCAGCUGUGCUGAAGCAGGAAACCUCUAAAAUAUGCAGCCCAAGAUGACCGACUUUGGGGAUUCCUGGGUUAC